AUGGUCACCGGAUCCUGCCUGUGCGGCAAUAUUCAAUAUGAACUCCACGGCGAUCCAAUCAAUACCGCCAUGUGUUUCUGUGACAACUGCCGCAAAUCGACCGGUUCUAUUGGAAUGGCCAACGGCUGGUACAGCAAAGAGGCAAGAGCCGAUACAAUGCGCACCUACAAAGACCAUGCGACAGACUCCGGAGCGACCAUUGAGCGGUCAUUUUGCCCCGCUUGUGGAUCGCCGUUGAUUGCAGAGAAUCAGACCAAAUUCCCAGGCGCCGUUAUUGUCACUUAUGGCACCAUGGAGCUUCAGUCGGGACGGUACUGGAAGCCGGAAUUGGAGUACUUUUGUAAGCGGAAGGUGGAGUGGUUUGGGACACCAGUGGACACAAAGAAGUUCUAUGAGCUUUGA